AUGGGCGUCAUGCGUCUACCUCGCCCAUCGGGCAUCUACGUCCCCAGCUCCCCUAUCCGCCUCACAACCGAAAUGAUCUCUCCACCCCUCUCCCCAUCCUUCAACUUCGACUCCGAAGCCGUGCUCCCAACAAUCCUCCCAGCCCUGGAAUACAUCUCCUCAAAACUCCAACAAAGAAUGAUGCACGUCACUCUUCUCGUCGGCCGUGGUAAACCCUUCCCAACCGGCCAAGCCUCAGACCUAAUGGUCAUCCCAAUCACAAACCUCGACCAAGACUCCACUCAGAUCCUCAAACGCGCAAUUGCCAAAGGCGCCCGCAAAUACUCCCUAGGCACAAGCUGGAGCGAAGCACUAGACCGCAGCUACCACGAACGCCUAGCAAACGAAUACCUAGUCCAACAAUCCAUUCUCCAAAACGAAGUCCUCUUCAGCCAAGAAGGUCUUACUCUCCUAAACAUGGACCGCAUCUACACAUUCAAACGUCGUCUCUGCGUCCUCUCCAGCAGACCAAAUCCCCGUCCAGAAGACCAAGCCAUGAUCUCGGCCGUAACGCUUCUGCACCGGUUAAUGGGCGAUUUCCAAGGUCGCCCGUUCAGCAAAGCGUUCUUUCAUCGGGUCUAUGAGCAAUUGGAUGUGAGGGAUGAGUUACUCACCGCCAUUGCUUCUGCGUAUAAGAGUACACAUAAGACUGAUGCGAUCAUUUUGCCUUCGAGGGUUACGGCUGAGAACUCGAAGAAUUCGCCUAUUCGGUUGGUGCGCGUGAGAAAGAACCCGCCACCGGCUAAGUCUUCGUUUUAUUCGAAGCGGGGCCCAAAGACGCCUUUGUCCGCUUCGGAUGUUACGCCUAUUACGAGGAAUGAGUGGAAUAUGUUGGUUGCGCAGGAUAUUCAUGAACUUCAGCCUACUGUUACUCAGUGGACUCCUUCUGCUACUGUCUAUGUGGUGGCUUGA